AUCUCACAGUGCAGACCUAUCGGAGCCAUCUCACUGGACGUUGUAUGCCGGGUGCAAUUCUCUCUGACCACCUUCAAUACUUAAUAGCCCCUCUCCCGCCCACAAAAUGACUGAAUACAGCCGCACCCCCUACUCCUUUUUCAAGAGACUGCAACUAUCGUUCCGCGCACUCUUCGGCGGCAUCCCGACUGCACGGUCAAUGGAUCUUCCAGAGGGAUGGCCCGAGUGGCUCAUACAAACUAGCCUGACGGCAGACAAGUGGCUGGGAUACAGGUUUGAACGGAACGUGGAGAUGUCGCCUAGUCGAGCUCAGCAAUUCUAUAUAUCUGAGGUAACACACUACAAGGGCACCAAGGCGGCGUCCAAGUUCAUGCAUGAGUUUAUCGUCGUUACUAUCCGUGACGGCCUUCAGGACGAUCAGUCUGACGAUAAACGCCUUUACCUUCGUUACGAGCGUUAUCGGAAAGAGGACGAUGACCACGCAGUGUCAUCCAUGAUUCUUACCAAUACGCCGGCGACAAGGAUUGACAAACUCGAACCCCUGUCUCAGCGUGCCAUCGAAGACCUGGAGAGGUCUGUGAAAGCUGAGAAAACAUUCCGUCUGAGGCGGAUGAGGUUCGAGGCGACACCCCCAACACUCCUCGACCUCGCAGCCGUCCUCGAAGCCCAUUCAACACUCUCCACCAAAUACCGUCUGCACACGACAAUGUGUUACUGGUUCGCCGGGUCCACGUACGAGGUUCUCGAGGAUCUCUACAGAGGAAAAAGCGAGGACCUGCUGCACGCCAAGAAGGCCGGCAAGCUUGGCCCGAUUACGGGAUAUCGCCAGAUACGUGACAAGCAGAAGGACGGGGACAUGAGUGGUUUGGUCAAAUUGGUCCGGAGCUUUGAGGAGAAUGGCGGGGAUAAGAAGAUACGCGAAGUCUCCGAUGCCGAGCUGAGAGAGGUGGUGGAGAAGGAGCUGCAGGAGAUACCCAGCCUCGACGAUCUCCGCCAGCGGAGCACGGAGCGUCGGGACCAAGUCAUGGCAGCCAUCGAGAAGGUGGGUGAUGAUGAGAGGCUUGCACUUGAGUUCUUUAGUAUGCUAACAAUGCAACGAUGUAGCGCGAACGAGAGGAAAGGGAGAGGCAGCUUGCUGACCAGAGGGCUGAGCGGGCUAGCGAGAGACUGGCUGCUGCAGAACAGCAGCUUGCUGAGGAGAGGGCUGAGCGACUUCAGGAGCAGGCUAGGCGACUUGCUGCCGAACAGCAGCUUGUGGAUCUCCAGCGUCGCUUAGAAACACUUGAAGCGCAAGUAGGGCGAGCAUGAUUAGCAACACGACGGAUCUAACCCAGCCCUUUCCUCUUCUUGGCCUCUGCCUUUUGUUAACCACCUCGCCUCUUCAUUAUAACCCGUAUGGGGUUCAGGGUAAGAGAGGCGACUCCGACUUGACCUAUUCACCCAAUGCAAUCGCAACAGAGGGCUGUAUAUGACCAGUGUCUACCGACAGGGUCACGGUUGCCCUAGGCUG